UAAUAAAUUCUUAUAUUAAAUUAAAUAAUUUAAAAAAUCUGAUGGUAUCUAUAUAAAUAUUAUUAUCUAUUAGUAUUAAUAGCUUAUGAAUGGUACAAUGACCGAAGAAUAUACUCGUUGGUAAAUUGGAAGAAACAGGUCAUUUCAAUAGAAAUAACUGUUACUCUAUGCCCUAUUGAGGAAAGCUUAGGCGGGGCAUAGAACCUUAGAGAAAUGUAGCCGUGUAGAAUAAGGGUGGCUGAUCCAUGUAGUCGGGAUGGCUGGUCAAGAAAAAGAAGAAGAAGAUCAUAAUCAUUUAUGUAGUUCCUGGUUUCCAAAAUACGUCUAAAUGUUAACCUACAUAGAUUUUCAUUUAAAGUACACACUUACGGUUAUUGGCGUAUUGUCAUUAAUCGCACGACCAUUUAUCAACCGCACGGAAGUUUUUAAAAUUGCAUUUAUAAGUGCCAUAGCGUUUGUGUACACAACACCAUGGGACAAUUAUGUCAUCUACAGCGACACAUGGAAAUAUCCACCCGAUAGAGUCUUAGCUACUAUUGGAUAUGCGCCUAUUGAAGAGUACAUGUUUUUUGUUAUACAAACUGUAAUGACAUCGCUAUGGGCUUUGCUCUGUGUCCGAUGGUCAACGCCGUGCUUAUAUUUCAACUAUGACAAACGCAGCUACCAAUUGAUUCGAUGGGUACCGAUGACGAUUUUGGCUAUUGUCACGAUCGUUGGUUAUAAAUUGAUUAUCCCCGGACAAGGGACGUUUUACUUGGGAUGCAUACUAUGUUGGGUAUCUCCGGUGAUUAUAUUUUUGUGGUAUGGAUCUGGAAAUUUUUUCGUGAAAAAAAUAAUACCGUCAACUUUUGCGAUCGUGGUCCCUUCGUUGUACCUGUGUUGGAUUGAUCAAUUGGCCCUCAAGGAGAACGUCUGGCAUAUCAACGAGAAGACUAGUUUAAAUAUAUUCAUUGUCGACGACUUGCCAAUAGAAGAAGCAUUUUUCUUCUUCGUAGUAAACCUUAUCAUUGUCUUGGCAGGGACUUGCUUCGAUAAAGCUAGCGGUGUAAUAGAAACGUACACGUCGGAGUACCCACUACGAUUUAGCAUAAGUUGGAAGUAUAUUUGUCAACUGUUCUCGGCAUUCGCGACCUCAGAAUAUAAUAUGCCACAAAUCGUCACGAGAGAUGUAAAAGAAAGUAUUAAAAUUAUUACUGUCGCUUCAAAAUCAUUCACCACUGCCAGUUUUCUUUUUCCAGCCGGGAUUCGAUUGGAUUUAAUAAUUUUAUACUCAUUUUGUCGUGUAACGGAUGACAUGAUUGAUGACGAGUUGGAUGUCGAAAAGAAAAAACGAAAGUUUGAGUUAACUGAACGAUUUAUCAACGAAUUAUUUCAUGACAGAAAAUCAGAUUACGACGUUCAAACAACUCCACAGGAAUUGAAAAUUGAUUGGACAAAAUACGAAUCCGAAUUGACUGAUGGGGAAAUGUCAUGUUUCCGGGCAUUAUCUAGAAUAGCAUUUUAUUUGCCUCGUAAACCAUUCGAUGAGUUACUCGCAGGUUACAAAUGGGAUAUUGAGGGUAGGUUAAUCAGAAAUGAAGACGAUUUAUUAUUGUAUUCCACCUAUGUGGCCGGAAGUGUCGGUGCAUUAUGUGUUUAUGUGAUGAUGUACAGGUGUGAUAACGAAAAGUAUGACCUUGUCAAGAACUACGAUUAUGUCAUAGAAAAAGCAUAUCAAAUGGGACGAGCUUUACAACUUGUGAAUAUUGCCCGUGAUAUCGUCACUGACAGCGAAACAUUGGGUCGAUGCUAUGUACCCACCGAAUAUAUGGACGACGAAGAGGAAGAAGUAAGAAUCUUGUGCCACGAAAAGCAGCCGAGGUCUCUAGGUGAUAAGAAGUUAAAAAAAUAUUCCACGCGGUUGAUCCAUCUGGCCAACAAACAACAAUUAGAAUCUUUGGAUGCCAUCAGGUGUUUGCCACACGCCACAAGAGGUUCAGUUCUAGCAACCACUGACAUUUAUCGAGGGCUUGUUUCUGCUAUCCUGUCUAGUCCCACCUAUCCAACUAGAGCUUCAUUGUCGAAAACGAAAAAAAUUUUGAUAGGACUUAAUUCCUUAUAUAUUAAAAGUAUUCAAUACUUUGUAUAAUUGGAUUUCUAUAAAUCUAUAAGCCAUGUUUAAUCAUAAAUGCAUAAACCAUCAAGUUGAACGGUGGGGGAAUAGGGCAAUUGAUAAGUGAUUGUAAACUCUCUCGAUAGUUAAUUUUCCCAGGUCUUCAACAGUACUAUCUGAAGCCUAUAUUAUGUAAACUCUCCUGAGUCUGUAUAAUAACUUUGUUUGUACCUUAUAUAUGUAUCAUUAUCAUGGCCGGGCAAGUUAACAAAUUUGUUUUUAUUAUUUAAGUUAAGAUCAUAUAGGAUAUAUAAAAAAUGUAAGUUAAGUUUAAACUUUAACGUUACAAGUUACAAGUUAAUAAGAAAUUAAAAUUAACUUAACUUAGUUA